AUGACUAUUCAUCUAUUGUAUUUUCAUGAAAUACAAGAAAACAUAUUUAUGGAAAGAAAGUGGUUCAAUUCAAUGCUGUUUAAUAGGGAUUUAGAAUAUAGGUGUGGUUUAAGUAAAUCAAUAGAUAGUUUUGAUCCUAUUGAAGAUAGUUUUGAUCCUAUUGAAAAUAACGGUGUAAAUGAAGACCCAUCUAUUUUAACUGAUGACCCAUCUAUUUUAACUGAUGACCCAUCUAUUUUAACUGAUAUGGAUAAUGACAUUCAUAGUUGGAUUGAGAGUUAUCUUCGUUAUAAAAUCUGUAUUGCUAGUUACAUUUUAGAUGAUAGUGACAACUACAAUGCCAAUAUCAGUGACUUUAAUAGUUACAUUUUAGAUGAUAGUGACAACUACAAUGCCAAUAUCAGUGACUUGAAUAGUUACAUUUUAGAUGAUACAAAUGAUAGUGAUUUGUAUGAAAUAGAAAAUUCUAAUGAUACAAAUGAUAGUGAUUUUACUCCAAUAGAAUAUUCUAAUGAUACAAAUAAUAGUAAAUUUACUCCAAUACAAUAUCCUGAUGAUCCAAAAGAUACUUCUUAUACUGAAAAAUUUAAGCAUUUAUGGGUUGAAUGCGAAAGUUGCUUUGGAUUAAAUUAUAAGAAAUUUUUUAAAUCCAAAAUGAAUAUUUGCGAACACUGUGGAGAUCAUUUGAAAAUGAGCAGUUCAGAUAGAAUCGAACUUUCGAUUGAUCCAGGUACUUGGAAUCCUAUGGAUGAAGACAUGUUUUCUCUGGAUCCCAUUGAAUGGGACAAACCUUAUACGGAAGACGAACCUUCUACGGAAGACGAAUACGACUCUUCUACGGAAGACGAAUACGAAUCUUCUACGGAAGACAAACCUUCUAACGAACCUUCUACGGAAGACAAACCUUCUAACGAACCUUCUACGGAAGACAAACCUUCUAACGAACCUUCGACGGAAGACAAACCUUAUACGGAAGACGAAUCUUCUCCGGAAGACGAAUCUUCUCCGGAAGACGAACCUUCUACGGAAGACGAAUACGACUCUUCUACGGAAGACGAACCUUAUAUAGAUCGUCUUGAUUUUUAUCAAGAAAGUACAGGAUUACUGGAGGCGGUUCAAACAGGCACAGGUCAACUAAAUGGUAUUCCUGUAGCAAUAGGUAUUAUGGAUUUUCAGUUUCUGGGGGGUAGUAUGGGAUCCGUAGUGGGUGAGAAAAUAACUCGGUUGAUUGAAUAUGCUACCAAUCAACUUUUACCUCUUAUUAUAGUAUGUGCGUCCGGAGGAGCGCGUAUGCAAGAAGGAAGUUUGAGCUUAAUGCAAAUGGCUAAAAUAUCUUCUGCUUUAUAUAAUUAUCAAAUCAAUCAAAAGUUACUCUAUGUAGCGAUACUUACAUCGCCUACUACUGGUGGGGUAACAGCUAGUUUUGGGAUGUUGGGGGAUAUCAUUAUUGCCGAACCAAAAGCUUACCUUGCAUUUGCGGGUAAAAGAGUAAUUGAACAAACGUUGAAUAAGGAAGUGCCUGAAGGUUCCCAAUCGGCUGAAGUUUUUUUCGAAAAAGGCUUAUUGGAUGCAAUCGUAUCACGUGAUUCUUUAAAGGACUUUUUAAGUGAGUUAUUUGAAUUCCAUGGUUGCUUUCCUUGGAUUGAAAAUGAAAACUAA